AUGGCGCCCCCACGAGCUAGCGGUCCUCGGCGCUCACAGCUGCCGAACGAGCACAUCUACACCUUGGGAGAGCGUGGCCGCAAAACCGGCGUGACCCUGCGCGACACGGGCGUGCGUGAUGAGCAUGGCAUGGAGCCCAUGGAGAGCAUCUUCUCGUCGCCGGCAAAGUCGUCUCCAGGCGAUGCGCUCGAUGCUUCUGGGGACGAGCAGGUGGAAGAAGACGGCGGGGAGGAGGACGACGACGAUGGCGGUGAGGUGGACAUGGACCUGACGACUGUCGCUGGACCAGGCCCGGCGGCUCUGCUUAACGGCCAGAACACGGCAGCCCGUCUGGCGAUGCGGCAAGCACGCUCGCCUGCCGCUUCCAGGUCGCUCUUCGGGUCGCCAGCUGUGCGUGCGGGCCUCAAUAACAAGGGGGUAGCGGCGGCAGCAGGUGACCAGAAGCCGAAACACGGCGCGCUGCGCCAGAAUCAGCUGCUGCGGCCACCGUCGUCUCCCGACGCUGCAAAUGCGCCCCCAUCGAGCCCGGUCAAGCCGGUCAAGAGACGGCUCGACUUUGGUAAGCCGGUGUCGGCAAAUGCGCUGCGCAAGCCCGUGCUUCUGCCGGCUGCGGCCAGACGGGUAGAAGAGGAGGACGACGACGAGGAGAGCAUCCUACACGGGACUCCUGACAACGGGGCAGAUGACUCGAUGCAGAUGAUUGACGGGCCAAACGAGUUUGCCGACGACGAGCCCGAGGAGCAAGACGAGCCUAGCGUGCAUGAAGACGUCGCCGAAGAAGAAGAGCCGGUGCUGCCGACAAAAAAGCGCGGUAGACCACCGGCGAAGAAGACUGCGCGACGUCGACCUGGUCGGCCAUCCAACGCCAGCAACGACGUGCCAUCACCACCGCCAUCUCCACCGCCUCACGACGAUGAAGCAGACGAAGAGCAGGGCAGCGCAAAGAGGCAGCGCAAAGAGGCAAAACCAAAAGGUCGGCCAAGAGGGCGGCCGGCAGCAAACAGGCCGGUGGUUGAGGAAGCGGCCGAUGAGGGUCAGUCGGGCGAGGCGAGCCAGGCAGGCAAGCGGAUGACGAAGAAGAAAGCAGUGCCGGUAGAAGCAGCGACCGGGCCGGCGCCCAAGAAGAGGGGCCGGGGCCGCAAGUCGUCUGGUGUCGGAGCGGCGAUGGCGGCAGCAGCAGCGGUGCCUCGAGGGCCGCCACUACCCAAGAGCCGGGGAUUGGUGAUUCGGCGGCGGGAGAACGAGGAGGACGGGGCGAUGAAGCGGACGCGGUCGGGGCGGACGUCGUACCAGCCGCUGGCCUUUUGGCGCAACGAGCACGCCGAGUUCGAGACGAGCGAGGUGGCGGACUCGACGUGGCGAGAUGCCCAAAAGGGCACCGGCCGACGCAUCGUGCUGCCGGCGAUGCGCGAGAUCUACCGCGUGGAGGAGGAGAACCUGCCACCGCUGGGAGGAACGGGUCGACGAGGUGGUGGUGGUGGCAGCAGCAGCCAGCGGCGACACAGACGAGGUGGUGCAAAGCGACGGGGCGACGGCGACGACGACGACGAUGACGAUGGCGACAACAACAGCGGCGGCCCCGAGCGACAGGCGUGGGAGUACGAUCCCGGACGGGUGCAGGGCAAGGUGGCGUUGUGGCGGCCGGAGCACGAGCUGGAGCCACCGGGACCGGACGAGGUGUUGGAGCAGGCCGAGUCGGAGAUUGCGCUGUCGGCACUGGCAAUCCAGACGCAAGACGUACGCGAUGGCAGCUUCCGGUUCGCCAAGACACUCAGCCUGCCGUUCUUUGGCACCGGCGUGGUCGACCUGGCGCCCGGUGCGGAGAAGCGGCCUAAGAACUCGCGCAAGAUGCACAUGGCCUUUUUUGUCCACUACGGCCACGUCGCCGUCACGGUCAACGAGACCGAGUUCCGCAUCGCCAAGGGCGGCAUGUGGUCUGUUCCACGAGGAAACUACUACAGCAUCGUCAACGAUACCGACCGGCCCGCCCGCAUCUUCUUCUCGCAGGGCUGCGAGAUGCUGACCGUGCUGGAGCCGGACGCCGAAGAGGAGUGA